GGAGGCCGAGGCGUAGAGCUGGAUCACCAGUCACACACUUCAAACGGGGUUGGCGAGGAGGUGGUCACCUGUGUUUGUCCGUCUACUGCCGCUUGUUGUUUACUUGUUAGGUGCACAGCGCUGCAGCGCUGUUUGGAACUCUGCAAACGGAUGACGCAUGUGAACCAAAUUCCCUCUCACUGUCUGGAUAUAAGUAAAUAAACAGAAGGCAUAUCGUCAGCUAUGGUCACCGUGAAUAAUACAUGCAGUGAAUUUAAUAACUGCUUCUGAAUAUCAAGAGCAUGAAAUUACAUUCUUAGUGAAAGGAUUUUCAUGAUCAGCUAAUAUUAGUUUUUCUAUUGCCGUCGUAUUCUUUAAUAGAUUCAACAAAUGUGUUCACUUGGUGGUUAGCAUGCCAAUGCUUGUUUAUAAAAUACUGUUUUUUUUUUUUUAUCAAAGUUAGUCAUGCUGUCAAUUAUUAAAAUAUCAAUAGGUAAAUGAUGUUCUUCUUUUCAUUCGGUGAUUAAAAAUUGGAAUAUAGGAAGUGCCAACCUGUUGUGCAAUUCGAGAAGUCCAUUCUUUUAAAAGUGUAAAAGCAAAUUUAAAGGUGUAAAAGCAUUAUACUCAACAAAAUUUUUUGAAGUGAAGUUAGAUUUUUGAAAAAAAAAAGAUAUUUUUUCUCCUUUCAUAUAUUUUUUCGAGUUAAUUUUGAAAAAUAUCAGACUCGAAUCUUAAUUUAAACUAGUUCCACAAUUUCUUCAAGGAAUUUUAACGCAGAAAAAUUUAUUUGAGAACAUGAAGAAAAUUAUUUGAUUAGAACUAGUUAAAGAACUAGUUGGUUAACUCUUUACGAAGCCUUAAUUAUUUUGCAUCCAUAUUCAAAUUGGGAUCGCUAAGUUAUUUCAAGCAGAAACUGUGUGAUAAGCUCUUAGUAGCAAAGAUUUGCUUUGAUUUCUUUCAUAUACAUCCCCUCUUUCAAGUUCUAUCGGAUCCCUAUGUCUUAAAAUUCGGAUUUCGUUUGCCAUGAUGCAACCGGAGGGCUAUGGGUCCAUACCCAUGGAUCUACAUAUAUCUCAGCAGGGCUACCAUCCGUAUUACAGGAAAGGACAUGAAGACAGCCCAGGACCUCCAAUUGUUCAAACACGCAUCCUGGAGAUGCGGAAGGAGAAGUCACGAGAUGCUGCCAGGUCAAGACGCGGGAAAGAGAAUUACGAGUUCUACGAGUUGGCCAAAAUGCUACCAUUGCCUGGUGCCAUCACUACACAGCUGGACAAAGCCUCCAUCAUUCGUCUGACCAUCAGUUUCCUCAAGCUCAAGGAGUUCACCGCACACGGGGACCCGCCAUGGAGGAAAGACGGACCGACGCUCAAAAGUGGGAGUCUGAGGCCUCGCUCCGUGUCAUCGGUUGCCAUAGAUCUCUUCGAACAACAUCAAGCAACGCACAUACUACAGUCACUUGAUGGUUUUGCCUUCGCUCUUGGUGCUGAUGGACGUUUUUUGUACAUUUCAGAAACAGUAUCUAUUUAUUUAGGAUUAUCACAGGUCGAAAUGACAGGCAGUAGUGUCUUCGACUACGUUCACCAACAAGAUCAGUCAGAACUUGCAGAUCUAAUAGGAAUCAACAUGUGUUCUUCGCCCUCGGCAGCUUCACCUCCAGCAUCGGUAGCAUCUGAUGAUGGGUCAUCCUCCAAUCCUGGCCCUUCCACCCCCACAGGCUUCGAUAGACCACCCCCAACAAUGACUCUGCCUACCAACAAUGCAGGUCAGAGUCUACAGAGGUCUUUUUGUGUGCGAAUGAAGUCUACGUUGACGAAGAGAGGGUGUCACUUCAAAUCCUCCGGUUACAGAGUCGUUCUAGUACUUUCCCAUCUGAGACCACAAUAUAACUUCUCAGCGUCGUCCAGAAAGCAAACUCCAACGAUAAUGGGUCUCGUGGGACUGGCCAUCGCGUUACCCCCUCCUUCCGUCAACGAGCUGAGGCUAGAGUCAGAUAUGUUCGUUACGCGACUCACAUUCGACUUUCGGAUAUCCCACUGCGAACCGAGAGUUUCUGAAUUGCUGGAUUACACAGCUGAAGAAAUUACAGGAACCAGCAUGUAUACGCUGUGCUACGCACAAGACAUCGAAAAACUUCGAAAGUGCCAUAUAGACUUAAUCCAAAAAGGACAGGUGAUGAGCGGUUACUAUCGCUUGAUGAACAAAAAUGGAGGUUACACGUGGUUACAGAGUUGUGCCACGGUCAUCUGUAAUACCAAAAACGCCGAGGAAGAGACCAUCAUCUGUGUCAAUUAUGUCUUGAGUAACGUUGAGUAUCCCCACUGCGUUAUGGACUUCAGUCAGUUGCCAUCUUCACGAGACCUGAGGAAUGACGACCCCAGCAGUUCAGAACGUGGUACCAGCCCGGACAAAGAGGGAGGCAGAGACAACUCUGCAUCCGGGGACGUUGAUAUUGAGCAGAGGCCCACCCCUCGGCCGGAUAACACCAGCGAGCGUACCGACGAAGGCCAGACGUACGACAGAGUCACAGAUCUGGACGUCGAUGCUAAUAAACGAGACCGUUCACAUCGCGGAUCGGAAAAGUCAUGUAACUCCUCUCCAAAAACGAGAGAGUUCCCUGGUGUUGUUUAUUUUGGACCGCCAACUUCAGAACGAGAAACUACCAACGAUUCCAUGGAUGAUCGACAGCAUCAAGGUGGGCGUCAAAGGAAAAGGAAGCCAACAGAAAAUUUGCCAGGUUCAUCCGAAACCAAUGAUACCAUCAAAAGUCCUCGUCCAGGAAGUUCAUCAUCAGCUAGUCUCGAAGUUCUGUCAAUGGACAAUGGUACCGGUUACAACGAUGUGAGCAGCAAUGAUCUGGUUGUCGACGAUAUGUCUUGCAACCAAACUGGUGUCAGUUCUUCCGGCAGUAGGGGAAGAGGAGCCUCCAGCAGUUCGCCGGAUAAAAGUGAUAAAGUUACUAGGCCAUGGACGCGGUCCCCCGCUGCUCCAAGUGCAUAUGAUCCCAACUGUAUGAAAACAUCCUCUACUAUGUCAGUGAAAGAUUUAGAGGACGUUAUGAAUCGGCAUCUGCCUCAACACAAUGGAUCGCCAGGCGGAAGUUCACCGGAUGUACUCAUGUUAAAGUCAUUCCCUCCGACCGCUGGAUCACCCACGCAGCGUCCUAUACAGUGGAUAGCCGGACAUCCAGCUCCAGCUUCACUACCGGCUACCACGCUCUUACGCCAGAUAUAUGUCAGCAGAGAAUCUGUUAUCCGAUCAGCUGGGGCACAUGCGACUCGCCAUGGUUGCUAUGGUGAUGCCAUCCAAGGAACUCUACCCACUCCUCCAGGUGGACAAGGCUCCGAUCCACCUUAUGGUGAUCUCAUGUUACAGUCUGCUGCUAAAUUAUCAGAAUCAUCGUCACCGUAUAGCCAGACAGGAGCAUCUUAUUUGGACAACUGUAAUGCCAUGACGCCGCCAAGUUCUGUAUCACCUAGGGACAAUUUCAACGAAGCGGCUGCUGUCGCUGCAGCAGCAGCAAUGCCUCAUAUGAGGCACUAUAUGACUGCAACAGAUCCUAAUUCCCUCCAACAUUUACCCCUAAAACCACAUCAACUAUUUGUGCACCCAAGUAAUUUAGACCAUCCUGGUGUACCUUACGGACAUCACCAUGGGCAGCAGACUUUAUCUCCAGACCAGCAUCAGUCUUUGUAUCAUCACCCGAGUAGCUUUCAUCUAUAUCAUCCUCCUCCAGGAGGAUCCAAGACUGCUUUGCAUACUACGAAUGGGAAUUCGUGGUUUUGCCAACCUCAUUCUUAGAGUGAUAACCAUAAAUGAACUUGAAUCUGCGUUUCUUGUACAGGUCGACGAUCCAUAAUGGAUGAAAAUCCUCUAAAUCAGAUGGAAUCAUCUAUAUAAUCUUACGUAAUGCUAAAGAUUCAUUGAAGAGAUUGCCUUGCUGGAGAAGUUCUCAUAUUUAAUGUUCAAAAUACAAUUUCACUCGCUACUAGCAAUCUUUAUUUUAAUAGAGCUAAAUUCAUUGUAUAUCAUAUGUGCAUAUAUUAAUAUGGGGUAAAGUUCAUUUCUUUCAUGUACAAAAGCUCCAUGAUACUAUGAAAGUACAAAAAACUCAACGCAAAAUGAACUUUGCCACUUAUAAUUAUUUAAUAAACUGCAAAUGCACAAUAUUUUGAAGUUAUUCAUCUGUACAAAAGAUUAUUUUAUCACAUCCUCAAACACAAUAGACAAAAUUUAGUACUGAAAUAUAAAGAAAAUGUCAGUAAUUUUUUAUAUAAUGUUUAUGCAUACUUAUUUUCUGAAUAUUUAUUAACGAUGCGCGAUAUCUAGACUGGGUUAUUAUUUAACUUUUACGAAUUAUUUUUAGCUUGUUUGAAAUACGUAAACAAAACUUUCUUUGAGCAUAUCAAUAAACUGAAAAGAAAUUCAUAUUAGUGACACACCAAAAAUGUUUUUUGUCUGAAUAUGAAAGAAGUCAUAUUUAAUUUCACUUCUUUUUGAAUAAUUACCUGAGAAAAUUUCCAACAAGUCAAUCUCUUUAAGUUAAUCGAAAAAGCCUUUAAAUAUUUCCUGAUGUAAUAAUACACGAUGAAAUUUAAAAAUAUGACAAAUGAUAUAGAACUUUUUUAUGAAAAACAGUGCUUAUAGGUAUGUGUGAGGGUUUAGCAAUUAAUAUAAAGCCCAACCAAACACGAAGAGAAGUUCAUGGCAAAAGCAUAUUUAAAAUUUUUAUUUUAAUGCUCAUGGAAUUAUGUUUUGAUGAUCAUGUAAUUAUGAAAAUCAUCACAUAUAUCCAUAGACAUUUUAUGGCAUCAUUACUAGAACGGACGUCAUUUCAAUCUGCUUGGAAACGGUUAAAAAAAUAUGAAAUUACUUAUAACCAAAUUUCACAGUUUUACAAAUUAAAUUAAUUAGUUGUGAUAUAUUAUUUAACAUAAUAUAUUAUUUCUAUACAUCUCAAAAUAGUUGAAGUUGAUAUGGGAAGUAAAUAAAUAAUUAUAUUACAUUAAUUUUUACCUUUACGUUUCUUACCUUGCGUAUACUUUACCUUUACGCAUUAAUAAUUAUAUAACAUUAAUUUUUAUUUUACAUAUAAAUAAAUUUAUUUUACAUAUAAACAGAAAUAUUAUAUUUAUAUGCUUACAAAUUCAACGAAGAUGGUAAAGAAGAGUUUUUUCUUCAUUACAAAAAAGUUCUGGUCACUAUGUACGUACAUUUUACUCUCAAGCACAUGUAUAUAGCGCCAACUGAAAUGUAAGGGUGAUGCAUCUUUUAUUCUUUUCAAACUCAAUAUUAAGGAUUUUUUGACGGGGGAAAGGAGUGUAUCUUUAUUACUCAUUCAGAGAAUUUACUCGAAAUUUUGCCAAAUUCAGAAGAAUCAUAUAUAUAGAAAAAAACUCCUAACAUAUUAAUUUCUUGUCAAUUUGCUAAACAGAUUAUUUAAAUUCGACUAGAGAUAAUCUUUACUAUAAUAUGUUGAAAAUACAUUCAGUUUACUAGUGGAUUGAAUAAGCGCUCAUUUGCUUCUAAACUGAUGUCCCAUAGUUCAACCUCUCAUUGCAUCGAUCUUUUUUUUUUUUUUUUUUUUUUUUUUUAUUAUUAUUAUUAUUUUGCUCAUUCCAAAUCUAUGCAGUUGGAAUGGACCGAUUUUUCAUGCACUUCCUUACAUUAAGUCAUUGUUUGUUUGAAAAGAAAGCUUGUGCUAUAUAUGCAAUGUAAAUAAAUAAAAUAUGAAGUCGUCAAAGAAUGUUUAGAUAGCAGAAAUGUGACAUAUUGUGCCUUUGAAAUGCAAUUGUAAUUCUAUUUUGUUUAAAUCCCAUUUUAUUUUGCAUGAAAGAAAUGGCAAAAGAUAACACUAUUAAUUUUCAGUUCUAGUAACUUUAAAAAACGAAAAUUUUGCGCCUAAUUAUUUAAAUGCUCUUUUUUACCCUAGCUACUUAAAUAAUAUAGUUUGUAUACCCUGUGUUGCUUUAACAGAUUAAUUAAAUUGUAAGUAAAUAUACAUCAUAUAAUUUUCAAAAUAUAGUUCAUUUACUGUGACCUAAAUUUCGAUAGUCCAAGCUCAUUAUAUAUAUAUAUAUAUAUAUAUAUAUAUAUGUAUGUAUAAUUUAUUGUUAGAAAAGGUUUUUCAUAUAUCCUCUCCAAGGAACAUAAAUUUAAUUAAAGCGAUUAAUUAUUGGAAUAAGUUGUUAGUUGGUAUUUUGAAGUAAAUGUAUAAGUUAUUUAGGUUUUACUGAAGCAAAUUAAAAAUAAUAAUAAUAAUAAUAUUUUGAACCAUAAAAAUUUCUACAAUGUAAAUUUAAAGUACUGAAAUAGUAGACAUUGUCAUUGACCGUAGAUUUAUUGACUGGUCAAGGGGAACAAACCAAUCCACUAUCAAUUAAUAAUAGCCAAAUUAAGUGAAAGUGCUUCGUCUUUUUUCCAAGUAAGGAUCAAAUUAGUGAUUUUGCGAGAGUUAAAUCAUAAGCUAUGAACAAAACUUAAUUAGAGCGAUAUCAGUCUGCUUGAGUCAUAAUAAAAAUCAGUAAGAAAUUCUUAACUUAAGGUACUUCUUAAGAACAGACUUAAACUAGUAAAACGAGAUCUUCACUUUAGAAGAAACAUUCCCCAACACUUUCACAGUUUUGUAAAAACAAUAAAAAACUAUUAAAACCCGUACAAAUUAGUAUAUACAAAAGUUAUGUAUAUAUUUCAUCAUUUAACUAUUUGUUCUGUUUUUAUUCUAUGUAUUUCACCCUAAGUUCAUGUUUACAAUUUAUUUCUAAUUUUUCUUGAUUCACAACAGUUAAAUUCAGAAAAGAAAAAAAGCAAUCUCUUUCUUAUAUAGCGAAUAUUAGAGAAGGAUCUGACAUAAUUGUGAUAUCUGUUGCCAUUUCUAAUGAAACAUAGAAAGAAAUUGUUUCAUGUUUAAACAGAAAAAAAAAGCAAUGAAUUAUUUUAUUAAGUGCUCAUGCGAUGAUAUAUUUAGCUUGUUAUAUUUGCAACUAAAAUGUAAAGAUUAUAAUACAAAUGUGAAUAUCAUUAAAUACAGUCCGUAGUAUUAAAAUUCUUUAUUAUUAUUAUAGCAUUUCUCUAUCCGCAUUUUGCGAAUAAAGAGCUAAUUCUUUCCGGAAACAGAAAUAUAAAACGUGAUAAAGGCAGCCAUCUUUAUUUGACACAUUAUGACACUUUGGAUUCAUUCGUUUGAGCAAUAAAAUAAUAAUAAUUUAUUAAUUAAUACUUUUUGUUUUAAGUACCAGUUAUUUUGGAUUAUGUUACUAAAAUUGUUUUCCAAUCUGAAGUUUUAUAAAAUUUCAUUUUUCAGAGAAAAUUUUGAGAAAGGGAUUUAUCUUAUAAUAAUAUGUUUUAGAAAUUAAAAGAUUACAAUUGAAAAAUAUUUCUCUGCGAGAUGUAGCAUUUUUGUUUAAAAAUUGAAUUCAGGAAGAUAGAAGCAGAAGCAGAUAAGUUUUACUUUCCCGGUGCUAUAUUAGUCGUAUUCCACAUUUUUUUGACGUUUAGUGACUGUGAAAUUCAAAGCUUGAUAUUUUGCAAUAAAUUUUGCCAAUUUCAUUACGCGUCUUAAAGUCAUUAUGUGAGUAAUUUUUAAGAAUGUGAUGAGAAAGAAAAUAAAGCACUAUACGCAUUUAA